AUGAGGCCGCUAAUACCCCUAGCAGGCAGCGUAUGCGCCCUCUUUUGGCAAGGUAUGGGUGCAGCAGCAGCAGCGACGCCAUGCUCUGUCGACGCUCUCCAGGCUGCCCUGCCUUCGGACGCGAGCAUUCUCGUGGCCCAGCCAGUGGCCAGUGGCGGCACGUUUGGCGAAGGGUCGGCAGACAUUCCGUAUCCUACGAACCCUACCGACCUACCAGAGACUUGUGCCGUUAUUGUCAACGUGACUACAUCGCCGUCAUCGAGUUUCCGCUUCAGCAUAUUCUUGCCGACGCAGUGGAAUAAGCGGUUCCUGCAAGUCGGCAAUGGAGGCUUUGCGGGCGGCAUUAACUUUUUGGACAUGGGAGCCGGCGUGCGGUAUGGCUUCGCCGUGGCGUCCACAGACACUGGACACAACUCCAGCACUUCGGACCUGACCUGGGCACUGCGCGAGCCCGAGAAGCGGCUGGACUUUGGCUAUCGCGCGAUCCAUGGUUCCGUAGUACUUGGGAAGGCAAUUACGGAGGCUUUUUACGGCCAGGAGAUUGCGUAUUCAUACUACUCUGGGGCCUCGACGGGCGGCAGGCAGGGCCUACGAGAAGCUCAGUACGACCCCGAGUCUUUCGACGGCCUGUUGAUCGGGGCACCCGCGUGGUGGACCAGCCACCUGCAGCCUUGGACAACCAAGGUGGGAUCUUACAAUCUCCCCACGGAUGCAGCUGCACACAUCCCGCCCUCACUCUUCACGGCGAUCGGCGCCGAGGUGAUCCAGCAGUGCGAUUCUCUGGAUGGGGUCAAGGACGGCAUCGUCAGCUCGCCAGAGCUAUGUGAAUUCAACACGGACGCCCUGCUGUGCGGGUCCGCCGGGACGAAUGCCUCAGCGUGCCUGACGGCAGCUCAGCUGGCCACCCUGAACAGCGUCUAUGCCGAUUACUACGCCGAGGGACGGUUUGCUUUCCCGGGCCUUGAGGUCGGCUCGGAGGCGCAAUGGGGUGUCUUGCUCGGAGGCUCUUCGCCCAGCUCACUAGGCGACGGAUAUAUGCAGAACUUUGUGCUGGACGAUCCUAGCUGGACGUGGAGGCAGUACGACGAUGGCCUCGUGUGGCAGGCAGAUGCUCAAGACCCGGGAAACUGCACAGCCGACCACUACGAGGCUAUGAGGGCAGUAAUGGAGAGAGGCAGCAAAAUCAUCCUCUUCCAUGGAUCUUCAGACGCGUUGAUCUCAACGAGGUCCUCCAACGUGUUGUACAGUCGCGUGGCAGAAGCCCUGGGGGGCUUUGACCAGCUACACAGCUGGUUCCGGUUCUUUUUAGUGCCCGGGCUACAGCACGUGGUGGGAACGCCGGCGGAUGUAAAUGCGCCGUGGUAUUUUGCCGGGCCAAACUCACAGGCUAGUCUCGGUACCAACAUCUACUCAACACCUGGAUUCCCAGACCCCGAACACGAUGCUCUCCUAGCCCUGAUGAGAUGGGUCGAGGAUGGUGUAGCUGUGGACCACAUUAUUGCUACGACGUGGCACAACUCGACAGAUCCAGCCUCGGGUGUCUUCAGGCAGCGCCCUCUGUGUCCUUUCCCUCAGAAGGCUGCCUAUGACGGCAAGGGAGAUGUGGACGACGCAGGGAGCUGGAGCUGCUCCGGGUGA